UUUCUGCUGCUAUUUUGUACAAGUAACUUUUUUUACAAUUUUCGACAAAUGCAAUUUUCUACGAAAGUGCAAUGUAUAAAAGAUUUUAUGGAAAUGAUUCAAUUUAGAAUUAAAAAAUAAUUUAUACGGCUAGAGUAACGUAGCGCAAUGUCGCGGCCUACGCCUAUUUCUACCGAGCCCAGUUCGCCUGUGCAAAAAGUGUGGAAACCAGAAUUGUAUAAAAUUCAAUUAGAAGCGCCUACUCCCAAACCCUUGCAUCGCACAUGUCCUUUGCCCGCCAGCAUUACUAAUGAAAGCCAUUGUUAUGGGCCGGAAUAUCAUGGUGUAAUAGGCCACCUAGAAGCCGAGCAACUUUUGUCCAAUAAGCCUGAUGGCACUUACAUGCUACGCCGAAGUCCAAAUGCUAUCGAUUAUUUCACAUUGAGCGUACGUUUCAACAAUCGAGCAAAGCACUUCAAGAUUUAUUAUAAGCGUGGCAAAGGACAUUAUUUACAAGAACAAUCCAAACACUACGAUACAAUUCAUGAUCUGGUCGCCGAUGGAUUGGUUAAUUUUUAUAUGCAAUUGCACGCCGCACCCAUUAUACUGCAAAUCAAUCAGCAGACACGGAAUUGCUACCAACAGAGCCCAUAUAUGACGCUUAAUCGUCGAAAGUUAAGAGCACUUUCUCAUGAACUGGGUAGGUCAAUUGUGACGGCGAAAAGUAAUUGCGAAGCUGAGCAAAACGCAAAUGCGGAUUUAAAUGACAUCUCGAACAGUACUAAGCCAAUUCAACAUAAUGAUAACUCUAUUGUGGCGAAAGAUUCAAGUGACACUGCUGAUUCCAUACUGCCACUAGUUUACGAAAAGGUGCACACCUUCCGAGUGCACAAUUUUAAAGGACUCAAUUGGUGUGAGUUUUGUGCAAAUUUUCUUUGGGGUUUUACAGCACAGGGCAUGAAGUGUGAGGCGUGUGGAUUUAUGGCGCAUUUCAAAUGCGCAGAACUUGUGCCGGCUAAAUGUGUGCCCGAUAUGAAGCGUAUACGUGGUGUGUUUGGUACUGAUUUGACGACGGUGGUGCAGCUGUACCAAUCUAGCAUACCAUUCGUUGUGCGACGUUGCGUGGAAGAGGUGGAGGCGCGUGGCAUGCUACAGGAGGGUAUUUAUCGCGUGUCUGGGUUUGCGGAUGAAAUAGACGCACUCAAGUUGGCGCUGGACCGCGAUGGUGAGAAAACGAACAUGUCGGAGGCAGCUUACGGCAAUGUUAAUGUUAUAGCAGGCACUUUAAAACUCUAUCUACGGCUGCUGCCAGUACCGCUUAUAACGUUCCAAGCUUAUCCGAGCUUUAUGCAAGCAGCAAGAACUUCCAAUACUGUCGAGCAGAUAAAAAAUAUGACUGACUCGGCUAAGCGUUUGCCACCAGCGCAUUAUAAUUGCCUGAAAUUCAUGGCAGAGCAUUUAAAAAGAGUUUCUUCUCAUUAUGCCGCCAACAAAAUGAAUGAACACAACUUGGCCACCGUAUUUGCGCCAACACUAAUUGCUACUCCACAGCAUAUGACUAAUUUAACGGAAGAGAUUUUUAUGUUAUCUACAUUAAUUGCGAACUGCAGUGACAUUUUCGUUUAGUCUCGUAUUUUGUGCACUUUUGAAAGAGUGUAAUUUUGCAAAAUGAAAGAAAUGUUAGGGAUAAGUGCAACCAGUGGCUCAAAGUAGACAGAAACUGAACAGUUUUAGGCAAAAAAUUAACUUCAAAAGUUUUUGAAGGGAGAGAUGAAUAUAUUUUUCUCUCGAAGAGAACCAUGAAUUUAUGAUUAUAAAAAUUAGUUGUCGAAU